UUAGAUUAUUAUUACAUGUAGAUAACAUAAUAAAGUGCGUCGGCAACUAAGAACGAAAGAAAAAAAAAAAGAUGAAGCUUAAGCUGUAUGUGGAUCGGAUGUCCCAGCCUUCCCGUGCGAUUCUCAUAUUCUGCAAAGUAAAUGGAAUAGAUUUUGAGGAGAUCAAAGUCGAUUUAUCCAAACGCCAGCAUUUAUCUUCCGAAUUCCGAGCGAUUAACCCUUUAAGGAAAAUCCCUGCUAUUGUUGAUGGAAGGUUUAAGCUAUUUGAGAGUCAUGCUAUUCUCAUAUAUCUUGCUUCUGCAUUUCCGGGAGUUGCAGACAAUUGGUACCCGGCUGACCUUUCCAGGAGAGCGAGAAUUCACUCUCUGUUAGAUUGGCAUCACCUGAAUUUGCGUCGUGGGGCAGCCACAUUUGUUUUAAAUACUGUUCUAGCUCCACUAUUGGGCCUACCACAAAACCAACAAGCAGCUGCUGAAGCUGAGAAAAUUCUGGUUUCAUCUUUGUCAACAAUAGAGAACAUUUGGCUUAAGGGGGACGGACAGUACUUGCUUGGUGGUUUGCGACCAUCCAUAGCAGAUCUCAGUCUGGUUUGUGAAAUUAUGCAGUUAGAGCUUUUAGAUGGGAAGGACCGUGAUCGUAUUUUGGGCCCGCACAAGAAAGUUCAGCAGUGGAUUGAGAGCACAAGAAAUGCAACAAGGCCUCAUUUUGAUGAAGUUCACAAUGUCCUCUAUAAGCUCAAAACCAAGCUUUCAGAGCAGAAGUCUAGAACCCCGCUAUCUUCAAAGAUGUGACCAAACAACCAUGCCUGUAACAACAUUAUGUGAUAUAUAUAUGUUGGUUACAAUUAUCAGGCUUGAAACAUCAAAGAUGAAGUUUUUGUCUGUACUGAGACCCCUUAAUCUAAGUUGGUCAGGUAAUAAAUGUGAUUUGCCAUUUGAAGAUACAAUCGUGUCCUCCUAAGUGCAGACUUCACGUCAUGUAUGUUAGUCAGACUGUCCUAUAAAUUUGCCUUCCAAAAUAUUUUUGAGGAGUCGGAUAAUUGCUGUAUUAUAGUGCUAUUUGAAUUCUUAAAGAAAAGAAGAAAAGAAUAGUGCUAUUGAAUUGUUAAUAUUAUAAUUUCGUGUGCAUUA